CUCAAAUCAACAUCCAAAGUCCAAACAAAAGAAAAAAAAUAAAAGUUUUGACCGUUUGAACAUUAAAUACAAGGACAAAACAGUCAUUUCAAACACCUCUUUGAUUUCAUGUCUAAACUCUAGUAAAAUCCCCUUAAAACCCCACGUAAACCCAACUCUAGUUAACGCCCACUUCCUUUUAUAACCCGCUUUCCCUCACUCGCUAAUCUACUUCUUUUUUUCAACCUUCUUCAAGCUCCACUUCCACUUCCAGCAAUGGCUUCCACUUCCAUUUCAACUAUUCCAACCAUCUUCUCUCUCCUCCUCCUCUUCACAGUCUCAUCAUGUCAUAACAUCACUGAAAUUCUCGAAUCCGAACCCGACCUCUCUCAAUUUAAUUCCUAUCUAACACAAACAAAGCUCGCCGACGAAAUCAAUGCUCGCCAAACAAUCACCGUCCUUGCUCUUGACAACUCUGCCAUGGAUGCUCUCACCGCCAACCGUCCUCUGUCCGUCAUUAAAAACCUCCUUUCUCUCCACAUCCUUCUCGAUUACUUCGACAACAAAAAACUCCAUUCAAUCCCCGACGGAAGCUCUUUAACGACAUCUCUUUAUCAAACAACUGGUCCUAAAUCCGGCAAUGUCGGCGCUGUCAAUAUUACCGAUUCUAAAGGUGGAUCUGUCCGUUUCGGGUCGGGUACACCCGGUUCUAACCUCACCUCAUCAUACUCCAAAUCAGUUAAGCAAAUUCCUUACAACAUCUCCGUCAUUGAAAUUAGUGCCCCGAUUAUCGCUCCUGAACUCUUAAAUCCUGCCGCGUCGGUGGAUAACAUUACCGCGGUGUUGGAAAAAGCUGGAUGCAAAACAUUCGCGGCAUUGCUCUCACAAAGUGGAGUGCUGAAGCUUUACCAGAAUCAAUUAGAUAAAGGAAUCACCAUUUUUGCUCCGAAUGAUGAAGCCUUCAAAGCAAAAGGAGUUCCAGAUCUGAAUAAAUUGAGCAAUGCUGAGCUUGUUUCUCUUCUUCAGUUUCACGCGCUAAGCACCUACGCGCCGAUUGGAACUCUCAAGACCACUAAAGGCAAGUUACCGACAUUAGCUCCUGGAGCUGGAAAAUACGAUCUAUCUCCAUCAACAGCUGGUGACGCCGUUACUCUACACACUGGUGUAGAUUCUUCUAGAAUCGCGGAUACAGUUUUGGAUUCUACUCCAGUUGUUAUAUACUCUGUUGAUAGUCUUCUUUUGCCCGCUGAGCUGUUCGGCUUAUCACCUGCUCCAGCUCCGGCUCCGGAAAGUGAUUCACCAGCUCCUGCACCGGCGCCAGAAGCAGAAGCUCCAGCUCCCGAAGGUGAUUCUCCAGCUUCAUCUCCUCCGGCGCCGUCGACUCAGGCGCCUGCUAAUGCGCCAGAUGCUGAUUCACCGGCGGGAACUCCUGCUGAUUUGAAGUCAAAGAAGAAUGGUGGUGAGAGAAGUGGUCCGGUGAUGAUGAUGUUUGGUUCGUCAGUGGUUUUGAGUGUAAUGUCGUUGGUUCUUUAGGGGUAGAAUUGUCUUUUAUCUGCUUGUUAAUUUACAGUAUUUAAUUAUUUUUGGGAGUUUAAAAUUUUAAGUAGAUUAGUUGAGUGAGAUUAGUGUGGGGUUGGAUCGAAGUGAGAGAGACAUAUUCAGUGUUGAUGAUACUGUGAUUAAUUUAUUUGUGUUUUCUUAUUUCUUUCA